GUUACGUAGUUCAAACCAUAAUUCUUCUUACACAGUGUUUGAAUCUUAAAACCUCUAAAGACUUAGUGAAAAAUGCUCCGAGUAGGAAAAUUAAUGUAAAUCAUAAACUCACGUCACCAUCUACUUUUAUUUUUGUACGUGCAGGUCUGUUAGAGGCAAGAGAGCAAGAAGGGGACAGAGGGCAGAGGUUUUUAAAAAAUUUACAUUUAACAGAUUUUAAUCACUACACACAAGGAAAUGUGCCUUGGUUUUAACAGCACCAACAAUAUUCCUGUCGUUUAGUCAUCAAACAGUAUAUCAACAAAUGUUAUUGAGAACUUUAUUCAUAAGGUGCUGAUUGUGCUGAAAACUGAAGCUUUAUAUAUAAGAAAAGGUCAUCUGUUUCGGUUCACAGGCUCUUUACUUUUUCUUACUCUGCAAAAUGUUACUUUGUUUUCAUUGCACAUGAUCUUUUGUUUCAGAAAUGGCAUUGUCCUUUACUGUGUCGAAUAUGUAUUACUCUUACACUUAAGGAUAAAUGAAUUUAUUAUUCAGUUUGCAUAAUAGGGUGAAUUUAAAAUAUUUUAAUUGUGGUAAAGGUUCACUUUAUUCAGUUCUGUUUCAGUUUACGAUGCGUUUUCUUUAUAGCCAACAAAAUAUUUUCUGAGUGAUAAGAUUUACAUGUCUCAAAACAUUGUUCUUAUUGUACAAAUACAGCAUAUGAAUUCCUUAUUUUUUUUUUUAUCUAUACCAACAACCUCUUCUGGAGAAAAAUCUUUAACUCUGAGGACCUUAUUUAUUUUGUGAGUUUUUGUUUCUUCGGUACCAUACUGGAAAGCACCAAAAAUUUAAAUCAAGCAUCACUUCUACUAGCUCUUUCCUCAGGAAAUAAUGCAAAAGGUGUCCCAAGGCUCCUGACCAGUGAACAAAGAUUUGAGAAAGACAGCCAAGCUCAUGUUUUCUCCUGAUCAAGAAAAUCAUCCAUCUAAAGCACCAGUAAAAUAUGGUGAACUCAUUGUCUUAGGAAGUGAAGCUGGACAAGGUUUCAUGCUGUUGCUACUUAGAAAAGAGCUUUGAACUACAGGAACGCAAUGUGGGACUAAAGAGCAAGAUCCAGAAGUGGGAUGAGUCAUGCAACUCAGAGGACAGUAGUGAAGGGGCAGUGAGGAAUCGACAGAGGGUCUGGGGGCAACACAAAGCCUAGAAUAGCUAAAAUAAUUAUUAGCUAAGGGGCUGUACUUUGGACUUACAGCAAGGCUAGCAACAUUACCAAGGGCUUUCUCCAAUACAAAGUAUUUUAUUUUUUAUAAAGGGUCAAUGUAGUUUCUAUAUAUGGCAGUCAUUGAGUAAACUCUCUUCUCAGCUUUAAAACAUUCUUCCUUGCCAGCCACAAUUACAGGCCAUUUUAUAAUCACUUCCUCCUCCAGCCUCAAAACUGUCCGUGUUCCCUGCUUCGUUUCCCCCUAGAUUGACCAACUACAUAUGGUAGAUCAUCAAACCCAAGAUUUGUCAGGGGGCGGGGGCAGGGGAGGUGGACGGUGAAUGAGGAAAGAUUAUUAUUAAGCUACUGCUCAUGCCUCAGUGAAGCAGUAAAGAAUGACAUAACCACAUGACAAACAUACUUAAAUUCAAAUUCUGGCUUUGCCAGUGUCACUUCAGAAUAUAAUUCUUCUGAGUCUGUUUCCUAAUGUACAAAAAUGGGGACAGUGAUUUCAAUCUGGUAGAAUUUUUGCAAGGGUAGAUUUAGUGAGGUGAUGUGUAUGGGAUAGCAUUCAAUAGUGCCUGGUACAUAGUAAACACCCAAAUAUUUUUAUUUUGUUUUUAACUUGUUUCCAUUGGUUUAGUACUUGCUUACCCUUUAGGAUGUAUGUGUGUGUGUGUGUGUGUGUAUGUGUACAUGUUAUGGAGAAAUGGUCGUAAGAUCUGAACAACAAAAGUAUGUUUACUACUUAGCAAACAUGUCUGUUGGACAGGUUCUGCUAACAUAAUGAGAGUGCAUUUGUACAUUCAGGUAGCUAAGACUUAACAAAUCUAAAAAUUCCUUACUUCAGAAGUUCAGCUAUUUAAAGUGUUUGGUUCACAAUUAAAGGAGAUUGUGUUUUAAACAAUACAUACUGUACUUUUUAAAGGUUGUAUUAGCACAUGCAAACAGUUCACCUUAAAAAAACAGAAUGAGUCAUAAGGAGUCAGACAUGCCAUUAAUCAGUUCUUAAUUAUCUUCCAUAAAAGAGGGAAGGAAAAAAAUAGAGAUAACUCGAAUCUGUGUAUAAUCCAACAGGUUCUCUGUGACUUGGAAUGAAGCCAGAGAGAGAAUCUCAUUUUGUUUCACACACUGGCACCUGGUAUAAUGGGUCUCUCCCAAAUGGCGAUAGAGGAAGGAGGAAAAGUAGGUUUGCUUUGUUUAAAAGACCUAAGGCAAAUGGGGUGAAGCCCAGCACUGUGCAUAUUGCUUGUACUCCUCAGGCUGCAAAGGCAAUAAGCAACAAAGACCAGCAUAGCAUAUCAUAUACUUUAUCUCGGGCCCAGACUGUGGUGGUUGAAUAUACUCAUGACAGCAACACCGAUAUGUUUCAGAUUGGCCGGUCGACUGAAAGCCCCAUUGAUUUUGUAGUAACUGACACAGUUCCUGGAAGUCAAAGUAAUUCUGAUACACAGUCAGUACAAAGCACUAUAUCAAGAUUUGCCUGCAGAAUCAUAUGUGAACGGAAUCCUCCCUUUACAGCACGGAUUUAUGCUGCAGGAUUUGACUCAUCAAAAAACAUCUUUCUUGGGGAGAAGGCUGCCAAAUGGAAGACAUCAGAUGGACAGAUGGAUGGCUUGACCACUAAUGGUGUUCUUGUGAUGCAUCCACGCAAUGGGUUCACAGAAGACUCCAAGCCUGGAAUAUGGAGAGAAAUAUCGGUGUGUGGAAAUGUAUUUAGCCUACGUGAAACCAGAUCAGCUCAGCAGAGAGGAAAAAUGGUGGAAAUUGAAACCAAUCAGUUACAAGAUGGCUCGUUAAUUGACCUCUGUGGUGCAACAUUGCUAUGGCGUACUGCAGAAGGCCUUUCCCACACUCCUACCGUGAAGCAUUUAGAAGCUUUAAGACAGGAAAUCAAUGCAGCACGACCUCAGUGCCCUGUAGGGUUCAACACACUAGCAUUUCCUAGUAUGAAGAGGAAAGAUGUUGUAGAUGAAAAACAACCAUGGGUAUAUCUAAACUGCGGCCAUGUACAUGGCUAUCAUAACUGGGGAAACAAAGAAGAACGUGAUGGAAAAGAUCGUGAAUGUCCUAUGUGUAGGUCUGUCGGUCCCUAUGUUCCUCUGUGGCUUGGAUGUGAAGCUGGAUUUUAUGUGGACGCCGGCCCUCCAACCCAUGCGUUUAGCCCGUGUGGGCAUGUGUGUUCAGAAAAGACAACUGCCUAUUGGUCCCAGAUCCCGCUUCCUCAUGGUACUCAUACUUUUCAUGCAGCCUGUCCCUUUUGUGCACAUCAGUUGGCUGGUGAACAAGGCUACAUCAGACUUAUUUUUCAAGGACCUCUAGACUAACAGACCAUUGUCCUGCAGGACUACAUUAUAAAUUUAUAAGCUAAGUGAGUUGGGUUUUCAAACCUGUUGUCCACGUCACAGUUUUUCUGCUCUGGUCAUUUGCAUUAAGAUGAAGAAUUUUUUAAAACAUUUAUAAUAAAUAGUAGCAAUUUCUGAGCAAAAAUCUGGGAAACUCAAGCAAAGGAAUUUCUGAAAGUAUCAGUCUUCUGAAUUCUGAGUUUUGAAAAUAUAUUUUGAGGAGAAAAAGACAUAGUCUAAUUUGAUGCCUUCCUUUUAGUGUUUUUGAAUCACCUAUCCUCAGUGCUGAAAUUGUUUUGUAUAACUGAGGGUACUGUUGGUUCAAACUAUGUUAGUUUACAGUUUGUUGCAAACAUUGUAAAAUACAGCGACAUGUAUAUUAACUUUUUUCUAUUUAUCUUUAUUAUAGAAAAUACCUUAGAAUGUUCUUGAUAGAGUAGCAUGGUAACGAUGGUGUCACACCCUUGGUGUGAAUGGUAGCUUAGUGAGCAACCUAGCUCAAGGAUUUGCAAAGUUAGGAAGAAGGACAAGAGAGCCUCUCUACCCACCCCAAUCUAAAUAUGGAAUUUGGUAAAUUAGAAUACUUUGUAAUUUGUAAGACCAAAUUCAUACUAAUUACCCGCGUGAAAGGUGUUUGUUUUUAACCACAUUGAAGAUAAUCAGGAAAGAUUUUUUCUUAACGUUUCUCUCGCGCGUAGUACUAUAACAAAAACUUAAUGCUAAGAAACAUUUUAUAUGCUCCUUUGGAUAUGCAGUUUAAUCUAGAUUAUCUAUUUUUCUCCCAUGAUAACUAAUCUGUUUUUAGUAUCAGCAGCAUUUGGCAAGUUUAUUUUUUGGAUAUAAACUGUGGUUCAUCUGUUCACUGUUUCUAGAAAAAAAUCAUUCCCAUAAGAAAAAGUAUAAAUUAGCAAGAAAGGAGAGUGACUUGAUUUGCUUUUGGAAAAAGAAAUGCUUAAUUAAUUAUUCUGUAUUUGGCCUUAUUCGGGCAUUAGGAAAUCUAGAGAUCUAAAGGGUUGAAUGGCAAUAGUGCCCCCGUUUUUAGCAGACCAGCCUUAACUCUGGGUUUGAAUCCUAAGGAGAUUGCCACAGUGAGACUUAAGCAAAUGUUUGGCUGGCAGAUGAGCACCAAUGACUGCAGCGUGGAGUGACACACUGCAUGGUCUGUUUAUUCUCUAAUUCCAAUAUGUUUUUUGCUUCCAGAAGCAAGAAAAGUUUCUUCUCUCCCCUCCUUCCCACCCUUUUUCAAAGGCACCACAAGUAUAGACAGUUGCACUACAUCAAAUCUUUUUUUGACACUUGUAGAAACCAGUACACUUUUAGAUUAGACAAUAUCUUCUUUUAAUAUUUUGAUUUGUUUUCCUUUAGUUUGAAAAGUUGUAUAAUACUUAAUUGACUGUAGCAAAGUUUUAUAUGUGGUAGCAUAGCUUUAAUUUAUCCUAUUACAAAACGUUCUGAAUUUUCUUUUGGUUUUUAAAAAACAAAACUUGUUGCUUAGAAGCCAUGAAUUAUUUUAUUUUACUUCAACUGUCGAAACUUCCUUGUUUUAAAAAAUGAUCAUUUGGGUUCACUCAGGAAAUGCAUGUCAGGAAACUUGUAUUAUAAGUUGAUUAGUUGUGAUGUAUCAGUAACUGCUGUUACCCGUUUUUCAAAGAAAUAUAAUUGAUUUUGAAGUUUUCUAGAUUGUCACAUGCUUUGUGACUAAUGCAAGUAAGCAAGUCCUGUGUUGUAUUUGUUCUAGUCAUUUCUAUUCAGGCUAUAUAUUGUAGCUUAAUUUUUAUUUGCAAUUAAUUUAUUUAAACUAAGUAAAUACUUUUCAAAAUACAUAA